CCCGUGCUCUACUCCUCAUUAACUGGCCGGGGGAGCGUGCGUGACCCCCCUCUCUUUUUGCCGCUCCUUGUGCCCGCGCGCCUGCUCCCUUCCUGCCUCCCCUGGCUGCGUGCGCACACGCCUGAGCGUGGGUGAGCCAUGUCCUCCCCGUUGACUUUCAUCAGCCAGGCUGACUGGGACAAGGCCCAUGGCCAGUUCUCCCGGCUCAGCCCCAUGGGUAGUCCCAUCUCCAUUGGGCCCUCGAUGCAGAUGCUCGGCGGCACGGCCCCGGCUGACGUCGUCGCUCGGAUCGGGUCCAUGUGCGAUGUUGAUCAGGAUGGUCGCCUCUCGAUGGUGGAGUUCAUCCUGGCCGCGCAUCUGGUCGGACGCCUCCAGCGUGGCCAAAAUGUCCCGCCUGGCGCCUCGCCAGCGGCCCUGCCCCCGUCGGUGCUGCAGGAGGUCCGGGCUUUCGCCGCCGGCGGGCCCCGGGCAGCGACCCCGGCCAGCCCGCCCAGUGCCAUGGCCAGCCCGCCCAAUUCGGCUGGUUCGACCAAUUCCCCCGCCGGCCUGGAGAAUGAUCCCCACUGGACCAUGUCGCCGGCCGAUCGGCAGCGGUACACUGCCCUGUUCCAGCGCCAGGAUGCCGGGCAUUCGGGCUUCGUGUCGGUGGAUCAGAUGAUGCAGCUGCUGCAAAUGAAGCUCGCCGCGCCCGUGAGCCGGCAGAUUUGCGACCUGGCCGCCCGAUCGAGCCCGGGCAAGCUCAAUGUUGAUGAGUUUUGCAUCGCCAUGCACCUGGCCACGGUGCGUUUGCAGCAUGGGCUCAACCUUCCGCGGACCCUUCCCCCGGCACUGGUCCCCCGGUCGGAGGCCAACUUUUCCACCGCUCUGCAGGGGGCCAAGACUUCGUUGGGCACCGACAAAUCGGCCACCCCGGCACCCGUGGCCAGCACCGGCGCCGCUCCCCCGCUUCUCGUGGCCACCCGCGAGGACUUCGAGCGCAGUCGCCGGGCGCGCGAGGAGAAGGAGCGCCUGGCCUCCAUGCCGAUGUCCCAAUUGGGUGGUUCCGGCAGUCAGCAGCGGUCGGUUCCGCCGCCUCUGCCGGCCCAUGCGCCUCCCUCGCAUGUGCCGCCUCAGGCCGUUGCCAUGGGCUACGCCGGUGUUCCGGCCGGCAUGUAUGCCAUGCAGCCGGGCAUGCAGCCGGGCAUGCAGCCGGGCAUGUAUGCCAUGCAACCGGGCAUGCAACCGGGCAUGUAUGCCAUGCAGCCAGGCAUGUACGCCAUGCAGCCGGGCAUGCAUCCCAUGCAGCCCAUGCAGCCGGUCCAUCCGGGGAUGCAGCCGGUCCAUCCGGGGAUGCAGCCGGUCCAUCCGGGAAUGCAGCCGAUGCAGCCGAUGCAGCCGAUGCAGCCGAUGCAGCCGAUGCCCACCGUCCCGGCCCAGCAAAUGCCCAUGACGAUGUCGACUCAGCCGAUGCAGCCAAUGCCUACCCCCCAGGUUCAGAUGCCUACGCCGCAGCUUCAAAUGCCCACGCCACAGCUGUCGAUGCCACAGGCUGCCACAUCAGCCGGCCGGCCUUCCUCCCUGGCUCUGCCAGCUGGGGCUACCCCUCUGCCUGGGCUCGCGGCCCCGACCGCGGGGACCGGGCUGGCUCCCCCCCCGGCGGCGGCUGCUGCUCGUGGCGUGCGCUCCCGGAGCAACAGCUCCGCCGGGGCCUUCCCCCCGAACUUCGCCACCGGGCCCAGCAGCACAUCCGAGCCGAGCGGCUCGCCGUCUGCCCCGGCGGCUGACUUCUUUGCCGCCUUCGAUACGGGCCGGUCGACCUCCGCGCCGGCUGCCCAGUCCGCCGGGCCGGCUCCUGCCAUGCCCAGCCCGCCAGCCACCGAUGCCAUUGACUUCUCGGUCUUCGAUGCUCCGUCGAGUGCGACGCGCUCGGCUUCGGCUCCGGCCCCGGCUCCGGCCCCGGCCGCCGCAGCCUCGACCCCUGCCCCGGGUCGUGCUUCCAGCUCGUCCAAAAAGGGCGCCACUGCUGCCGCGACGGCCCCGGCGGCGGCUCCACCUCAUCCCCUCUCCGAGGAGAUGGUUUCCCUCCUGUCGGACAUCAGUGUGCUGAAUACCGAGCUGACCAGUCUCUCGCUGAGUGGCCGCCAUGUGGGCGGGUCGCGCAAGUCCAGCUCCACGGAGCAGGCCCAGCGCGUGGCCCGGGCCAUGGCCCUGCAUGCUUCCUGCUCCAAUCGCCUGUUCACCCUGUCCAGCAACCAUGCACUCGAGGCCCUUGGCACUGGGUCUGGCUUCAAUUCGGCCGAACACGAAUCGACCGUGGCCCUGGCCGUGUCUCAGCUUGAGAUUGCCGGCAAGAUGUUGGCCUCGCUCAGCGCAUCCGGGACAACGGCCCCGGCGGCCGGCGCUCCGGCGACCGCCAUGCCGGCAGCACAGCCCGCCCUUGCGGCUCCGCCUGCGGCGAGCAGCAGCGCAGCUGCCCGGGCCGAGCGUUCGGCCACCCUUGCUGGGGCGGUUCGCCUGGCGCCCACGGGGGCGGAUUCCGAAUUGAAGGCUGCCAUGGGCGCGCGGGCCAUUUCCCUGCCCUCGCCAUCCCCGGGGUCGUCGCCGGCUGGGCCGCUCUCGCCGGCCGCCGCCGGAUCGCCCGCCUCGCCGGGAGGGGCCGUGCCCGUCGGCGCCCCCGGGGUGGGGCUCCUGUCGAUGGUCGGCGCGGUUUCCGGCGCCCCGGCCCCCAUGCAGCCGGUGCGUCCUGCGGCUCCCCCGGCCAGCGCCAUGCCCCAGCCGGUUCCCACAUCUCCCAUCCGCGAGGCAUACUCGCUGGAUCUGCCGGACUUCCCCGCCGCCGAGCCCACCCCGGUCCCGGAGCCUGCGGCGGCGGCACCGGCACUCCCGGCUCGCGGUGGUCCUGCCACCGGUCAGGCUGCGGCCGCGGCCGCGGCCCCGGUCCCAGGCCCGGCUCUGCCUGCCCGCACUCCGGCCCCGGCCCCUGUGGCUGCUCCUACGCCGGCCUUCCGGCCGACGUCGGUGACCACCAACGCCGGUCCUGUCCCGCCACCUCGGGCCAAUACCGGGCCCACGCCGCCGGCCCGAGCGGAUCAUCCUGCGCCGGUGUCGGCGGCCGCGCCCGCCCCGCCUCCCCGGUCGGUGUCUGCUCCGGCUCCGGCUCCGGCUCCGGCUCCGGCUGCGGGCCAGGCGCCCACCCCGCCUCCCCGGUCGGGCAAGCCCUCGGCCAGCUCCAGCCCGGCGGCCCCGGUGCAGGAGGCCUUCCCGCUUCCCCAUCCGGAGCCCUUUUCCUCGUCGGUGGCCCCGCCCGAGGCCGCGCCGCCGCCGCCGCCGGCCGCCCCCCCACUGCAGCUGGCCGAUGUGCUGUACUCCUUCGAUGCCACGCGCGAAAACGAGCUGACCCUCAUCGAGGGUCAGGUCAUUCACGUGCUGGAGUGCAAUGGCGACUGGUGGUUUGGCAAUGCCACCAUGGCCGACGGCUCAGUGCAAUCGGGCUACUUCCCGGCCACCUAUGUGGCACUGCAGGAGGCCACCGCCGAGGCGCCUGGCGCGGCGCACAAUACCAGCAACCCGUUUUCGCCGACGGUGGCCGCGGCGGUGCCCGCGCCGGCGCCGGCGCCGGUCCGCCAGCCCAUCGACCCGGCGGCCCUCGGCUUCACCUACACCCGGGCCCUCUUUGAUUAUGUCCCCGUGGCCGGGGAUGCCGAUGACCAGCUGCCCCUGACCGAGGGCGAGUACUUUAUCCUGUCCGAGUGGUAUGACGAUGGCUGGUGCCGUGUCCAGUCGAUUGUCCCGCCCUUUGACAGCGGUGUGGUGCCCUGCUCGUAUGUCGAGCGUGAUGUCCCCCUGCCGGCCGAGCUGAUCCCCCAGCUGGAGGCCUACCUGGAGGAUGACGAGGAUGAGGAGUUUGUCCCCCCGCCCUCGGUGCAGCCUUCGCCCGCGGCGCUGGCAGCCCAGGGCGGCCGUGUGGCCGACCUGUCCUCCUUCGCACCGCGCAUCACGACCGAUGGCGCCGGGGCGGUGACAGCCACCUCCGAGGAGCGCCGCUUCAAGGCCAUUCAGGAGUUCAUCAGCACCGAGGCCACCUACGUGCAGAAGCUGCUGGUGCUGCGGGACGAGGUGAUCACGGCCUUCCGGCAGUUUGUCGAGCCGCGCAUCAUGCGCGACAUUUUCUCCAACGUCUACGAGCUGAUCCCCUGUAACACGCAUUUCCUUGCGGACUUGGAGCGCCGCGCGGCAGUCCUCAAUCCCUCCACCGGGUACAUUGACCGUAUCGGUGAUAUUCUGAUUCGCCACUUGCAGCAGCUCCAGCCGUACACCAUCUACUGCGGGCACCAGCGCGCCGCGCAGUUGGCCUUCAGCAGCCUGCUCGAGCGCAACCCCCGGAUCAGCCACGUGGCGCAGGAUAUCUUCUCCUCAAGCGCGCGGCUCCGCCAGUUGGGCGUCCUGAACCUGACCUCCCUGCUGCUUGAGCCCAUGCAGCGGGUGACCCGAUACACGCUCUUGACGCGGGCCAUCCUCAAGUACACGCCCGAGGCCCAUCCCGAUCAUGCGGAUGUCAGCCUGGCGGCCUCGAUCGCGGACAACCUGUGCUCCCUGACCAAUGACAUCGCUCGGCAGUCGACCGAUGAGAUGGCCCUCAAGAAGUGGCAACAGAAGGUGGACUUCGGUUCCAGCCCGCACAUCGACUUUCUGGGCAGCACGCGGCUCAUGGGGCCGCGCGCGCUGGUCCACCAGGGAGUCCUGUUCAAGCAUAAGAGCGGCCGACAGCUGGAUGCCCUGUUGACCAAUGACUUUUUGCUGCUGUGUGUGCCGCGGUCAUCCUCGCACUCCGGCAGCAGCGGGCACUCUGGGUCCGGUGGCCAUGGCGGAGCCGGGGCCGCUGCGACCGUCGGCCCGGCCAGCGGGGCCACCUCGCUCGUGGUCUACCGCACCAUCAUGCCGGUAUAUUCGAUCGUGGCUCGGGAGAUCGGUGCCACGGAUGGCCCGGCCGGCGACCUGGCCGCCGGCGCCUCGCCGGUCACCUCUCCGACGGAAGCCCUGUCGCCGUCGGCGGCGGCGGCGGCCGGCGGCGGCGGCGGCGACUCCGGCCACGGGGGCGAUGACACAUCCUUCGAGAUCCACCAAGCCGGGGUGCAAACCCUGCGCGUGCGAGUCAAGAAGCGCCAGGACAAGCAGGCCUGGAUGCGGUUGAUUAACAGCACCUCGGCCGCCAUGCGCCAGGCGCUGGCUGAGCGUCGCUUGGCCACGGCACAGGCGCGCUGGCUCGCCGCCGACGCCAACCCCAACCUGACCGGGCACUUGACGGUGCGCAUCAUCAGCGGGCGCAACAUCGGCCUGUCGGAGGCGGAGCUGGCGGCCGGCAAUCGCGCCAUCGCCCGGGCAGCCCGAGGCCGGUCGUUCUUCGUGGAAGUGCGCCUCGGCGCGCAGGUCUUCCAAACGAAGGUUGUCGCCGAUGUGGCCGCCCCCCGGUGGGAUGAGGAGUUCACGCUGGCCGUGGGCCCGGGCGCGCCCAGCACCCCGCCAGCGUCGGACCUCAUCGCCAGCGGGGAUAUUGGCGGCGGCGGCGGCGGCGGGACCGCCUCCUCGGCGGCAUCCAUCCGCAGCGUGGCCCUCAACGCCGAUCAGGCCAGCAGCGUCCUCAAGUUGACGGUGUACGAUCAGCUGGAGUUCGCCCCGGACGAGUUCGUCGGGUCGUGGCAGCUGCCGCUCGACGACCUGAUUGAGUUCUUCAGCGGCACGGUCAACCACCUGCGCGACACCGCCCUCGAUGGGGUGCCCUGUGGAUCGCUCACUUUCGACAUCCUCUACCGACCGGUGUACUAGCCGGCCGGCCGGCGGGGAGCCUCAAGCGCCGCGUUCUGCCCUCGCCCCGCCUCCCCUCACCCCACGAAGAGCUGGCGCCGCCAAAAGAUCCAGGCGCCGAGUUGCCACUGCCUCCUGCCACCGGGCGAGGGUUGUCCCCCCCCCCUCCCCUCCCCACCGGGUGUCUUUCUCUUCCUUUCUUGUCUUCCUUCUCCCGAUGUCCCUCGCCCUCUCCUCGCUUCCGGGGCGUGGCCCGUUUCUUCUCGCUGUUGUGCGGCCGUUGGGCCUUUUUUUUCCUGCCUCCUCGGCUUGCCCGAUGGCCGGCCUUCAGCACCCAAUAGAUCGAAUCACGUGCCCA